AUGUACGGCGGAUACGGCGGUGGCAGAGGGGGCGGCAGGGGCGGACGUUCCAAGAAUGUAUGGGUCAGGCCAGGCUCCACCCCCGCCACGGCACCCUCCACGCAGGAUUCUAAGAAGCCAACGACGGGAAAGGCCGGGAGCGAAGGCGCGAACGACGCGAGGCCCGACCCUGCGGCGAUCAAACCGCCCCCAUCUUCGACUAAGGGGGCGACCCUGAGCGCCAGCGCGCGGUCGUACACCCCCGCAUCGAACGGCGACAAGGGCGGCGCGGGGAGCAAUCACGUGGGCCAGUCGUUCCUGCCCGUCGGCGUGAAGCGCAAGGCUGGAGAAAGCGAAGACGGCGCGGCUGGACCCAAACGUCAGCACAUAUACGUGGACCCGGCGCUACAGGAAAAGCAGCGGAAGGCGACGGAGGCCAAGGCCGAGCUUGAAGCCAAGAUCGCCGCGGCUAAGGAGGAGGCUGAGAGGAUGAAGCGAAGCAUCCAGGAAGCCGCGGCCAAGGCCAAGGCCAAGAAGGAGGAGGCGCAGCGCGAGGAGUGGAAGCGGAAAGAGCUGGAGCGAAAGGAGAUGGAGAUGGAGAAGCAGAAAAAGCAAAAGGCGGCGAGCAACCUGCUCAGCGGAUUCGCGGCGGCGAGGAAGAAGCACGGCGUGGGCACCGCCGACGGACCGAAGCCCGCGGCGGAGCCCGAGGUUGAGCUCACGCAGGAGGAGAAGGACAGGCAGGAGGUGCGGCGCGUGAUGAUGGCCACGUCGGACUGGCAAGUCCUCAACCUGGUGCCGAACGCCCAGCCCAAGUGGGUGAAGCAGGCGUACCGAGAGCUCGCGAAGGUGCUGCACCCGGACAAGUGCAAGGCUCCGGGAGCCAAGGAUGCGUUCCAGAAGCUGUCCAAGGCGUACCAGAACAUCAACGCGAUGCAGGCGUGA